AAAUAAGAAAACAAGAGAAAAUUUAUACCUCAAGAAAACAAAUAAGAAGAAGGUCCGAUUGGGUCAGACGUGAUGGGCAAUUUGAAACUUGCAGACAGUUUGUUGAAAUGCAUUUCUUCAACAGCCAUGCUUCCACAACCUUCGUGGAUUUACAGAGGUUUCGUUUCAUCUACAAGGCCUUCACAAAAAACGAAGGUCGAUAAAGAGACGUGUCAAAGAGUGGUGGAAGCAGCUGGAGCAGUAAAAGAGGGCGCGAAAGAGGUCAAAGGUGUUGUUCAAGAAGUCAAAGAAGCUGUUGCUUCUGGAGCUGGAUCGGCAGUGAAGAGGGUUGCGGAGAAAGCUAUAGAGAAAGCGGUGGAGGGCGAGGAAGAGAAAGGGCCGUGGGAAAAAGUGAAGGCUACCACUAAGGCCAUCAAGAAAGACGUCAUGGGCGACAAAUCCGACUCCAGCUAAAUCAUUCUUAGCUUACCUCUCUGCAUUGGAAAGGAAAAGAUAAAGAAAACAUUCAGAACUGCAAGAGGCUAAGAGUAAAUUUCUGUAAUGGAGGACCAAAUGUUAUUGAUGUCCCGGGAUGAAAUGGCCACUUUUUUCUUCCUUUGGAUGUAUUAUGUAUAAUUGUAGAUAUUAAAAAAGUUCUCCAAGUAU